AUGGAGAAGGAUAAAGGAAAGAGGAAAUAUGUUGAAAGAUAUUCUUCUUCAGCAAAGAGAGUUAAAAUGUCAUCCUCUGGCGGGAAACCCAUGAAGAAGGUAUUUUGUAAUUUGAAGAAAUGUGAGACCAACUCAAUGAGUUGGUCACAGCGAAAUGUUUGUGUGUUGAAGGGAGAUAGUUGUGCAGCCACAAUUGAUUCACCAAGUUUUACUAGGGAGGUCAAGCAACCGAACAAGCAAGAGAUGUGGUUUAAUGUAAAUGGGAGAUAUAUUCGUUUUUCAAUUGCUGAAUUUUGUUUGGUUACGGGAUUGAGGUAUGAUGGGGUCGAUGGUCGACCAAUGUUAGAUGAAAAACCGUCUUCAGUGAAGGACGCAUAUUUUAAGGACUUAAAAGUUGUUACAAGUGAAGAUAUCAAGAGGGUUUUUAUUUCACUUGAUGAUGCACCAGACCUUGACGUUAUUAAGAUUGGAAUUAUCUAUCUCAUCACCUCAUACUUAUUUGCUACAUCCUACCCGAAGGUGGUGGAUCAAUACAUAUUUGCACUUGUAGACGAUUUUGCCACUCUUGAAACAUUUCCUUGGGGUAGAUAUUUGUUUGAGACCACCUUAUUGUCGCUAAAAAAGGGACUAUCAAAACAAACUAGUCACUAUAGAUUGAUAGGUUUUUUAGUGGCUUUCCAGGUGUGGUUAUAUGAGUACAUACCUGCACUUGAGAGAAAUGUGGCCACAAGAAUUUAUAAGAAAUAUCCACGCAUUAUUAAUUGGACUGCGCACAAACAUCCUUCAGUGUCAAUGUUGGAGGACAAAGUAUUUGGAAAUGAGAAUGUUGUGAUAAAUGACAUUGAUCCAUCUGAAGUUGAGCUCACAAUGCCAUAUAUGAUAGGUUUUAAAUAUGAACUUCACAUUUAUUAUGAUACGAAAUAUGAUUUGUGA